GUUAUCAACAAGCGUACAGGAAAGACCAAAGUUGGUAAUUAGCUCAAUGAAAUCAAUUGAAAAUGAUUCCAACCAUACAAGUUCCAGAAAUACUACAGGGGACUCCGUCAAUGUUGAAGAUAUACCACAAAUAAAUGAAGCAUCUGAAGAAUCGUUCAUAAAUAUCAAAGAUGAUAUUCCAGAAUCACUUUCGCAUAUAACUACGGACCUACCAGAAGAAAAUAUCACAACUCAAGAAAUACUGAUAACGAAUCAAGAAGAAAAUAAUAACAAUACUAUGGAGUUCGUCUUGCAAAUUGGAACUGCAGCAAUAAUCUCAUUGGCAGGUGGAGGCAUAGGGUAAAAAUCAGUGUUAAAUUAUUAUGAGUUACUCAGUUUCAUGUUUCGUAAUUAAAUAUUUGUGAUUCAGUAUCAAAAAUGUAUCCAUAACUGUAAUAUAACACUCAUUUGAAUCA